CCCAUUGGGCCAGUUUGAGCCUGUAUUGAAGUUAAACAUAAAUCAGCAGGCCCAUGAACUCACUUUACGACCACCAACGAGAACGCCCAAAACCGCCAUACGCCACCGUAACUACUUUCUCCUCCAGUAUCGCCGCCGAAGAUAAGCGAUGAGUAGUUUGUGUCCAAGCAUUCACUCUGACUUGUUACAGUUACAGAAAGGGAUCGUUAAAUUUUUUAAUCAACCUCAAAAAGGAAAAUGUAACAUGAGGUUGUAUCCGGUGCCCAACGGGUGUUCGGUCUUUAGAUGUUACACUACUACCAAAUCAUUGCAUGUUGGUGGUCCGGUUAAUGGAAAUCAAGUUUCUUCUGUUGUUGAUGGUUCAGAAAAAUCUCAAAGAAAACUAUUGGGUGACGAUCUUGAAAUGAAGUUAGAAGAACUGUUCUCUGAAAUCAAAAGCCUGAUAAAAAUGGGAAAUAAAGAUGAUGCUCUUGAUCUACUCGAAGCAAAUUAUGAAGCUGUGAAAGAACAAAUGAUUGCGGGAGAUAAAACCAUACAAGAAGCGGCUGUUUUAGACGUCAUAGCCUUAGGUUACAUGGCAAUCGGAGACUUUAAGAUGGUUAAAUCUAUCUUGAAUACGUUGGAUGAGAUUGUACAAAAUUUGGGAGAUGAUGAGCCUCUUAUUGAUUCGAUAUUGACGCACAUGGGGAGUAUGCAUUCAACUUUAGGGAGGUUUGAAAAGUCAAUGCUUUCGUACAAGAGAGCUCUUGAAAUUUUGGAGCGAUAUCACGGGGAUAAUAGUACCUCGCUUGUUAUGCCGUUAUUGGGAAUGGGCAAGGCUCUUGGUUCUGUGGGCCGAGCAACAAAGGCGGUUGACGUUUAUAAUCGAAUUAUAUCUAUAUUGGAGUCAAAUUUGGGAGCAGAAAGUGAGGAGAUGGUAGUACCUUUGAAUGCGCUUGGCAAUCUUUUAAUAGAACAAGGCAAAGCUGAAGAUGCCGGAAAUCCUUUUAUGAGAAUUGUAGGCAUAUAUACCAAGUUAUAUGGAAAAAAUGAUCAAAGAGUUGGAAUGGCCAUGUGUUCUCUAGCUAACGCAAAGUGCGCAAAAGGAGAUGCAGAUUCAGCCAUCAAAUUGUAUAAAAAUGCUCUUGAGGUGCUGGAGCAUUCAGAAAGUAUGAAUAUCGACGACAGCGUAUUGGAGAAGACACGGAUAGACCUCGCAGAGUUGCUUCAUGUUGUAGGAAGAGAAGAAGAAGGCCGGGAACUUUUGGGAGAAUGUUUGUCAAUAACCAAGAAAUACAAAGGAGAAGAGGAUCCGAGUUUCGUAACCCACAUUACAAAUCUUGCAACCUCCUAUUCACGUUCCAAGAAUUAUGUAGAAGCUGAGCGGCUUUUAAGAUCAAGUUUAGAAAUUAUGGAAAGGAACGUGGGCCCUGAUGAUCCUUCAGUUACGUUUGUGAUGUUACAGCUUGCUGUAACUCUUUACAACAUGAAUCGUGAUGAAGAAGCGGAGCAACUGGCUCUUAAAGUCUUGCGGGUUCGUGAGAAAGUGUUUGGAGAUGCUUCUUUACCAGUUGGGGAGGCACUGGACUGUUUAAUAUGCAUUCAGAAAAGAAUGGGAAGAGAUGAUGGUGAAAUAUUGGAUCUGCUGAAGAGGAAUUUAAGCAUACAAGAGAAAGCAUUUGGUGAUGAAAGUGAACAAGUAGUUGAAACUCUCAAGAAGAUUGUUUUUUUCAUGGACAAACUUGGUAUUAAAGAUCACAAGGCUCCUUUUCAAAGGAGAUUGUCUUUACUUAGAAGUAAAUUUAAGCAACAAAUUCAGUAUUAAUGUUUUUUUUUUGUUUAUAGAUAAUGUUUUCUUGUAUAUAGAUAAUGAGAUUUAGAUUUGAGGCCCUAAUACACAUAUAAAAGUGUCUGUUAACGAUGUAGAAGAUGUUGGGUGUUGUAUUUUAUUUAUUUUUUUUAAAUAUACCUAACACUAAUAUAUA